CGGCGGCUGCCGCGCGUCUUCCCGGACGCUGAGUGGCCGGAGGCGGCGGCGAGUCGCGGGCUGGCCGCGGGCCCCAGCAUGGACGCGGCCGAGGUGGAGUUUCUGGCCGAGAAGGAGCUGGUCACCAUUAUCCCGAACUUCAGUCUGGACAAGAUCUACCUCAUCGGGGGCGACCUGGGGCCUUUCAACCCCGGCUUACCAGUGCAGGUGCCUCUGUGGCUGGCGAUCAACCUGAAACAGAGACAGAAGUGUCGGCUGCUCCCCCCCGAGUGGAUGGACGUGGAGAAGUUGGAGGAGGUUCGGGAUCAUGAACAGAAGGAAGAAACUUUUACCCCAAUGCCCAGCCUUUACUACAUGGAGCUCAGCAAACUCCUGUUAAAUCAUGCUUCAGACAACAUCCCAAAAGCAGAUGAGAUCCGGACCCUGAUCAAGGACGUGUGGGACACUCGCACAGCCAAGCUCCGGGUGUCUGCUGACAGCUUCGUGAGACAGCAGGAGGCACACGCCAAGCUGGACAACUUGACCUUGAUGGAGAUCAACACCAGUGGGGCUUUCCUCACACAAGCGCUCAAUCACAUGUACAAACUCCGCACGAACCUGCAACCUUCUGACAGCUCCCAGUCUCAGGACUUGUAG